CCACCAAUUUUCGUCUCUCAUUCUCUCUCUCUCUCUAAAUGGCCGAAACCUCAAAGAGCAGCGAAAGCUCACUGGUCUCAGCCUCGGAUGCCUACUGUUCUGAGCUUAAGCCAUGGGAAUCCUAUCACACUGUCUACACUAACGCCAAAGCAGGUAUGGAAGGGGUGGAUAAGGAAAGAGUGCAGAGAAUAGUUUACGAGAUGAGUAAAGGUUCUAAAUAUUUUGAGAAUGAGGAAAGAAAGGAGGCUUGUAUGAUGCAGAAAAUCGAAAACAUGCGCUCCCGUUCCGCUAAGCUCACUGCUGCUGAUUUGUCUCACUAUCAGAAGGUUGCUGAUAAGAAGAUUUUAGAGCUGGAAGCGCAUCGUGAUUUAUUGAGGAUUUGGCUGCAUGUAGAUAUGGAUGCUUUUUUUGCUGCUGUUGAGACAUUAUGUAAUCCGGCAUUACAAGGCAAGCCAAUGGCUGUUGGUAGCAUGUCUAUGAUCUCUACAGCGAAUUAUGAGGCAAGGAAAUUUGGUGUACGAGCUGCUAUGCCUGGAUUUAUAGCACGUAAAUUGUGUCCUCAAUUGAUUUUUGUUCCUGUUGACUUCAAGAAAUAUACCCAUUAUAGUGAAUUAACAAGAAAAGUUUUCUAUAAAUAUGAUCCCAACUUUUUGGGUGCAAGUUUGGAUGAGGCAUACCUGGAUAUAACAAAUGUCUGCCAAGAAAGAGGCAUAACUGGUGCAGAGGUGGCUGAGGAGCUCAGGAAGAAUGUCUACAAUGAGACGGGCCUUACUUGUAGUGCUGGAGUUGCACCAAAUCGCUUACUUGCUAAGGUUUGCUCUGAUAUUAACAAGCCAAAUGGUCAAUUUGUACUACAGAAUGAUCGCGUGGCUGUCAUUACAUUUAUUUCUUCACUUCCUAUAAGAAAGAUAGGGGGGAUUGGUAAGGUAACUGAACAGAUCUUAAAGAAUGUCUUUGGAAUUACAACAUGCGAGGAGAUGCUGCAAAAGAGUAGUUUUCUCUGUGCACUUUUCUCCCGCUCUUCAUCAGACUUUUUCUUCUCAGUUGCUCUGGGACUUGGGGGAACCGAUACCCCUCAAAUUAGGUUUAGGAAAAGCAUAAGCAAUGAAAGGACAUUUUCUGCCACUGGUGAUGAGGAAUUGCUUCACAAGAAAAUAGUCGAUCUUGCUGAAAUGCUUUCUGCUGACAUGAGAAAAGAGGGCAUUAGUGGAAAAACAUUGACGUUAAAGUUGAAAACUGCAUCCUUUGAGGUCCGGACGCGUGCUGUAACUUUACCAAAUUUUAUAAGCUCCAGUGAGGAUAUUUUGAAGCAUGCUUCAAAACUAUUGAAGGCCGAACUCCCUGUAUCUUUGAGACUGAUAGGACUCCGGAUGUCUCAGUUCAGUGAUGACAAAAAUGAUGUUCCUUCUGAUCCUACACAAAGAACUCUUUCCAACUAUGUCAUUCCGGGAGGUCCUUCCAGAAGUAAUAUCAAUGACAGCAUGCAGUUGGGCUCGGAAAUUAGUGAUAGUGCUUUUUCUAUUGACACAGAUGGAGAUUUUCCAAUUGACAGCCAUGAGAGAUGUUCUGAAUCAGUGGAUGCAAGCAGUUAUGACCAAAUGACCAAUGUUCCUGUUGGGAACUGCAUCCUGGGGCAGAAGACUGAAGAAGUUUGGAGCAAUGUUGAACCUACGACCAAUGAGGUGACAGAAAAUGAUAAUGAACCUAGUAUAGUAGGGAAAUCAGUUAAGCCAUUUGCAAAUGGAGAUUCUCUUCCAGUAAAAAGGGAUUCUUUUCUUGGAGGGUUUGAUGGAAGCCGUGGACAUACAUCAGAAAUCAGGAUCCACCAUGAAGAUCUUAAUGCAGGGUUUUCAUCACAUCAGAGAGUAUCAUUUUUCUGGGCGGAGGAUUACAAGUGCUCAAUAUGCGGGGUGGAACUGCCUCCAAGUUUUGUUGAGGAAAGGCAGGAGCAUUCGGAUUUCCAUCUUGCUGAGAGGCUUCAAGAGGAGGAGUCAGGAGACAAUGUUAUAAGCCUUACGGUUAAGCGGAGUGCCUACUGGAGUUCUGUUCUAAAGAGUUCAAUGUGUGCCAGGUUGGUCCAGAGAGAACAUACUAUCCAGGACAGGAAGACAAGGAAAAAGCAGAAACCAUCUCCAACAGGUGGUAAACAUGUUCCAAUCGAUGUCUACUUUGCAAAGACGAGUCAAAAUUUCUGAUGCUGUAUUAGAAUAGUCUGUUGAGGGGUUUUACAAUACACGCACAUAAAAGAGGUAAAUGUCUCCUCUCCCACACGCCACAGACCAAAUGUAUCCAGUCGUGUACAGUGUUCGAGAGAAACCAAUCAUUAGAUGCAGUAUGUACAUAUCUUGUAAGCCAUGUAAUCAUUAUUCAUAAUUACUGAAUGGGGUAUUUAUGAUAUGCACAUUCCAUUCUUUUGCCAUGUCGUGGUUGUUGUGCACUUAUACUUCUGCAACAGUUUCCUCAUAAUUAUCCGUCAAGGUCACGAAUCCAUCUGGGAAAAUUGAAACGAAGAAAGGUUGGAAUCUUGGAGGCAAGCCACCGGUUACAAAAGCAUAUCACGAGUUUUUGAGAUUUUCAUGAAAAUGGAAAACAGUGAAGCGGAGAUGCAAAUUGCACAAUCAAUAGACAUUUAGAAGCGGAAUUUUGGGAAAAACGACGUUGGAUCAUCGUGCGGUCUGGGUUUAGCGGUUGGUGGUUAAUAUCUGCCCACGUGGUUUAAAAGCAUCCCAAAAUCUUCGUCUGCUUGUUUCAGUGGGUAAUGGUGGUUACUCCACCAAACUCCCGCCGGACGGGUGACACAACAUCCUUUUGCCUCUCGUUUUCCAUUUUUGGCAGCUAUGGUUUUAACACACGCUAUGAAGAAUUUUCCGACUUAUAUUCCUCAUCUGGAAGCACCCACCUUGAGAACCCACUCCAUUUCUUUAUUCGCUUCAUCUCCUAAUGCAGCAGUUUCCUCCAAACUCCGUUCAGCUUCCCUCCUCAAAACUGAGAGAGAGGACAAUUUUCUUGAUGGAGUAAACACCGCCCCUACUGCUGACGCAGUUUUACCAACGAUGGCUGACAUCAUUGAAGCAUCAAAAAGGCAAAAUCUGGACCUCCACCUCCAAAGUUUAGGACCCUUUUUCAGAAUAACAGCUAAAAGCUUGAAAACUGGCAAUGAGCUUGGCAGGGCAGAAGGACUGGUGAGGCUGUGGCUAGAAGGAAAGAUUCUUCAUUUGGACUCCAUCAAACUGCGCAGGGAGACCUUGGAGAUGGAAAAAUCUAUUUUUGGGAUUGGUUUGUAUAUUGGAGCAGUUGCAAUUAGCUAUGGAUACGAUUGUGGCUGUAAGAAAGCUGAGUUACUUGCCAUCAAUGACACUGAUUUAUAUCAUUCCAAGCUUGUUAGGUUUUACAAGAGAAUUGGGUUCAGGAGUGCGUACGAAGUGACUGGUUCGUCCUUUGGGGAUUUAGCGGACAUGUUGGUGUGGGGAGGAAUUGGGACCAGGAUGGAUGCUGAUAUUGAAGAGCUCAUGAUCAAAUGGUGCACCAGAUUCAAACCUAAGAUCUUAGAUUAAAAUAGGUUGGCCUUUGAUGUUGUUUUGAUCAGUAGAAGCAGAGAUUGGCUUUGGAAGGUGGAUGAAAAGAUGGUUUAUGCGAAAGAGUCCUAAUAACAAAUGCGAUGCUUUUAAAUGGAUAGAGAAACAGGCCAGGGUUGAGAUCUUUGUCAUCUUGUUAUGUGGUUCCCAUUUUGAUUCAGAUUCUUGUGCAGGAAAUGAAAAGAGAGCAUUCAAGAUUUUAGAUUCU